CUUAAAACGAAGCAAGGCGCCAGAUAGCCAUAUUUUACAUACGAUAACGCUACUACGUUGCUCGACUGAGCACGAGAAUGGCGACGGCAGCGGACUUUUGCUGCUCGGGUCUCACUUUUUCCUCCAAACUUCCAAGCCGCCAGUCUCACAUCAAUUCCUUCAACGUCAACCGCUCUUUAAGUUUGAAUAGAAGUUGUAUUCAAUUCUACUGCAAAAAUGAAUCAUCUACUAAAAUUUUCAGUUUUCGUACAAGAAGACGGCGUAAUUUGGGCAUUUAUUGCCAGGCUACAGGCACUGACCUUCAGCCCAAACGCAUUCCUUCAUCUUCCGACCUCGAAUUCGCUGCCCGCGCUGGCAAGGACCGCCUCUCCAAGGUGCCAACGACGAAUAUAAGGAAUUUCAGUAUCAUAGCUCAUAUUGAUCAUGGAAAAUCGACUUUGGCGGACAAAUUGUUGCAGUUAACGGGCACAGUGGAGAGCCGUGAAAUGAAGGAGCAGUUUCUUGAUAAUAUGGACUUGGAGAGAGAAAGAGGCAUCACUAUAAAAUUACAGGCUGCGAGAAUGCGUUUUAUAUAUCAAAAUGAACCAUAUUGCCUGAAUCUUAUUGAUACCCCAGGACAUGUUGACUUCUCCUAUGAGGUUUCUCGUUCUCUAGCCGCUUGUGAGGGAGCUCUCCUUGUUGUAGAUGCCUCCCAGGGAGUGGAAGCCCAAACACUUGCUAAUGUGUAUCUGGCCUUGGAAAACAAUCUUGAAAUCAUUCCGGUUUUAAACAAGAUAGAUCUUCCAGGUGCUGAGCCAGAUCGUGUUUGCCGAGAGAUAGAAGAGGUUGUUGGUCUAGAUUGCAGCAAUGCAAUUUACUGCUCUGCAAAGGAAGGAAUUGGUAUAACCGAAAUUCUAAAUGCAAUUGUUCAAAGGAUUCCCCCACCUCCUGCCAGCACAGACAGACCUUUGAGGGCUCUUAUAUUUGAUAGUUACUAUGAUGCAUACCGGGGCGUCAUAGUAUAUUUUAGAAUCAUUGAUGGGGCUAUUAAAAAAGGUGACAGAAUAGUUUUCAUGGCUAGUGGAAAGGAUUAUUAUGCUGAUGAAGUUGGAGUUUUAUCUCCCAGUCAGUUGCAGGUUGAUACGUUAUAUGCUGGAGAGGUGGGCUAUCUUUCGGCUUCCAUUAGGUCUGUUGCGGAUGCUAGGGUUGGUGACACCAUAACACACUACACUAGAAAGGCAGAACAAUCAUUGCCUGGAUACAAGGAGGCCACGCCGAUGGUUUUCUGUGGCCUGUUUCCUGUUGAUGCGGACCAAUUUUCCGAGUUGCGUGAUGCAUUAGAGAAAUUACAGCUUAAUGAUGCUGCUCUGAAGUUUGAGCCUGAGACAUCAAGUGCAAUGGGAUUUGGCUUUAGAUGUGGGUUUCUGGGUCUUCUUCAUAUGGAAAUUGUUCAGGAAAGGCUCGAACGUGAAUACAAUUUGAGUCUUAUAACCACAGCUCCAAGUGUCGUUUACCGGGUGAACUGUGUAAAUGGCGAUACUGUUGAGUGUUCGAAUCCAUCCUUACUUCCUGAACCUGGAAAUAGGAGGUCAAUCGAAGAGCCAUUUGUCAAGAUUGAAAUGCUUACUCCAAAAGACUACAUUGGUGCGCUUAUGGAGCUUGCUCAGGACCGGAGAGGAGUAUUCAAAGAAAUGAAGUUCAUUACUGAGAAUAGAGCAUCAAUCAUUUAUGAGUUACCCCUAGCUGAGAUGGUGGGGGAUUUCUUCGAUCAGCUGAAGUCAAGAAGUAAAGGCUAUGCUAGCAUGGAGUAUUCCUUCAUUGGGUACAAGGAAAGUGAACUGAUAAAGCUUGAUAUUCAAAUUAGUGGCGAUCCUGUGGAACCUUUAUCAACUAUUGUACACAAAGAUAAGGCAUAUUCUGUUGGAAGGGCUUUAACUCAAAAACUGAAGGAACUAAUACCCAGACAAAUGUUUAAAGUACCUAUACAGGCCUGCAUAGGCUCCAAGGUGAUUGCUAGUGAAGCAUUGUCUGCAAUCAGGAAAGACGUCCUGGCUAAAUGCUAUGGUGGGGACAUCUCCAGGAAAAAGAAACUGCUUAAGAAACAGGCUGAAGGAAAGAAACGAAUGAAGUCGAUUGGUAAAGUUGAUGUACCCCAAGAAGCAUUUAUGGCUGUAUUAAAACUCGAGAAAGAGGUAUUGUAAUUGAAUUUGUAAAUAGAGAACUACAUAUUUUGACCUCAGUAUGUUCUCGAUGAAAAAGUAGUAGUAUACCAGAAUUGGCAAAAUCAUUACAAUUUUUUCCCCCUUUGUAUUUGUUUUUUUUUGGGAUAAAUAGUCAAAAACUUGAAUGUUAAAUCAGCUGAAUCAAAUUCCUCUAACUUAUGAGCA